AUGCGAGAAACAGAGAAAUUCGAUGGAGCGUGUGGAAGAGAUGCUCCCGCGGGAAAUGCUCGAACAGAGAGACAGGGUGCGCGCGACUCUGCAAAUACCUCGAGUCUCGCAGAAAAUGGCGACUUUUCUCCGAGCUCUGGCGAAGAAAGAAUGCGCGCUUUUUACAGAAAAGUCUACGCGGAUGCAGACGAAAUAAUCGACUUGCUGAAAACUCCGCUUCCCGUGAGCUUCCGGAUAUCCCCGGGGACGUGGUGCGAGGCCCUGCAGAGGGAAAUAUCGAGGCACAAGCUCAUCCGGAAAGUGCCGUGGUGCGAAAAUGCGUACGAAAUCCCCUUCUCGCGCAAAGACCUUUCGAACAGAAAUAUUUCCAAGCUGGAGAGUACUUCUCCGACAGGGAACGAGGACCUGAAAAAGAUAAACGCCUUUUUGAAGACGCACACAAGCACAGCAGCAAUCACGCGGCAGGAACUUGUCUCGAUGGUUCCCGUUUUAGCGCUGGACGUGAGGCCAAACUCGCACGUUCUUGACACGUGCGCAUCUCCAGGCUCAAAAACCUCGCAGAUUCUGGAAACCCUCACGGGGGAAGGCCUGCUCAUUUCAAACGACGUAAACAACAGGCGCAUCCCGCAGCUCGUGAAGCAGGCGAAAAGAUUCGGGAAUCCGUCCCUGAUUGUAACGUGCAAUGACGCGACUGCGUAUCCCAGAAUAGGCGCACCCCAAAAAAUCCGAAGAAAUGAAAAAAGUGCGUCCAGGGUGAAUAUACAAAGUUCAAAUAGCGCGUGCACCGAAAAUAUACAAAGUAGGGGCGCGAGCAAAAAAAGCACAGAAGACCCCCGAGAAGUCUCCAGGGUGAAUAUACAAAGUUCAAAUAGCGCGUGCACCGAAAAUAUACAAAGCGAGGCGAGCGUCACCCUCACCCGCAUACUUUGCGAUGUUCCCUGCUCAGGCGACGGAACAAUCCGAAAAAACGCACACAUUCUGAAGAAGUGGAGCAUGCGAGAGGCGGUGGGCCUUUUCCAGGUGCAGAGGAAAAUCCUGAAAAGAGCUCUUGACCUUCUGCAGUGCGGGAUUUUGGUCUACUCCACGUGCUCGCUAAACCCCGUGGAAAACGAGCUUGUUCUUCUCGAGGCUUUAAAGUGCAACUCUUCUGCGGAAAUAGUGGAGUUUGUGGUUGCAGGGCUUGCCAUGCGCGAGGGCCUGGGGGAAAACGCUUUGCGGGAAGUGCAUGGCGAGGUUUUGGGCGGAGAAAUGGCGUACCGGGAGGACAUUCGAAACUGCAGGCGGAUUAUUCCUACAGACCAGAACACGGGCGGGUUCUUUGUUGCAAAAAUCCGGAAGGUGUGCGGAGAAACAGGCUGCGGAGAGUGUGAUAAAAAUUUGCAGAACCUGAAAUCAUUACCCGAUAUGGAAAUUUCCGUUAAAAAACUCCAAGAAAAAAUACGAGCGGCCCCGGAAAUACGCCCUGAGAUGGAAGUUUCCGACAAAAGCCACUCGCUCUCCCACCCGCUUGUAAUCCGCGGCGAGAAAAACAUAGAGGAGUCUUUCGCAUACAGAGUAGACGCUGCCACAAGAAAGACGAUUGAAAAACAGUGGGGCCCAUCCCGCCUGAACUUCAUUGCAAAAACCCCGCAUUUUAAAACGAUAUACGGACUCUCGGAAAGCGCAUUUUCUGUCCUGGAGGCAGCACCUGCUCCUUUGCGCGUUGUCUUUGCAGGGUGCCGGCUCUUCUGCGUUUUCGGGAAGGAGCGGCCCCACGUUGAGACCAGAUACAGAAUAACGCACGAAGGAAUUUUAAACCAAGAAAUAGCCCCUGAAAGAAUCGUCAAAAUCAGCGAAAAACAGCUCCUGAAGAUCCUCACAGAAGGCACAGAUGCUCAUGUGCAGUCUCUGAGUGCGGGCGUGUACGUUCUGCGCGUGGAAAGUCGGGAAAUAGACGUUCCCUUCGCCCUCAGCAGCAGCACAGAAAUAGAAGUCCUCGUGGAAAAAGACGUAAAACAGGCACUCGUGCACCUGCUAGAGAUAGAGUAG